AUGGCGACGAAUCACCUCCUCACGAUCGAUCCAGAUAGUGAUGACGAAGACAAUGGUGCUGGCGUCUUCACCUUCGGGCAGAACACAUAUGGAGAGCUAGCACUUGGAGACACAAACGAUCGCAGCAUCCCAACACGUGUGGAACUUGGCACAAGCAGCGAUCAGAUUCACGUCGUCGAUGUGGCUUGUGGGAACGAGCACACUGUUAUUCUGUAUGAAAACGGAGACGUAUUCACCUGCGGCUAUAAUAACAAUGGGCAGUGUGCGACCGGCACGACAGAGCAAGUCCCAACACCUCAGUUUUCUGCUGGACUUAGCUCCAAUCGUUCGGUGCGCGUUUUCUCCGGAAAUGGGAGUGAGCACCUUGCGGCAAUAAGUGAAAAAGGUAAUCUGUACACAGUUGGACUUAAUACGUGCGGUCAAUUGGGCCUCGGAACGGCGACAAGUAUCGCCGAGACUUCGCUUGUGAAAGGGAUGGCCGGCCGGCGUGUGGUCGAUGUCGCUUGUAGUUAUUUUCACACGGCAAUUGUAACGGAUGAUGGACAUUUAUUUGCCUGCGGCUGCAACGACUUUGGUCAGCUUGGUAUGGGUGAUCAUAGCAGCCAGCUCAUACCUCGUCUGGUCGAAUAUUUUUUGCGCUGUCCUGUCUUAGCAGUUGCUUGCGGUCAACAUUUCACCGUUGUCUCAUUAAAAGAUGGAGGAGUUGUAGGUUUCGGUAAAAAUGACCAUGGUCAGCUUGGCCUUGACUGCAUGUCAGAGCCUGUAUUAGAACCCACGCGCUUAGCUUCGCCACUAGAUAAAGCAGUUGUGCCACAAUUGUCAUGUGGGUAUCACCACACUGCUAUUGUUACGGAAGGUGGCGCUUUGUACACUUUCGGCCGCAAUGACUAUGGGCAGCUCGGACAAGGACAUAAGCGACACAUGGCAAAGCCAACGCUAGUAAAAUCUCUUGUGAGUACGAGAAUUACUCAGGUCGCAUGUGGUUGCUACCAUACUCUUGCACUUUCAGGCGAUGGAAAGGUUUUUCCUUUUGGUCGCAACAAUCACGGUCAGCUUGGACUCGAAACUUCCUUGGACUGCUUGAGUCCACAACUUAUUUCGACAUUACAAGAUAAACUAGUUGUCAAGGUUGCAGCAGGAUUUUACCAUUCCGUUUGUCUGAUCGGAGCUCCUGUAUGUAAACGACCAACGUCCAUCGGCUUUGGAACACUCAGUGGCGAUUUACGAAAAUUACUAAACAAUUCAACGCGAAGUGAUGUAACCUUCGUCGUUGAAGGUCGACCCCUUUUUGCUCAUAGCUGUAUCCUAGGCGCUCGUUGUGAACCACUCGAAAAAAUGCUUGAUGGGCGAAUGAAGGAAUGCUUACAAUCAGAAAUCGCCAUCCCAGAGUACUCGUAUGGCGCCUUUGCAGCUUUGGUAGAAUUUCUUUACACUGAUCAAGUGGUCGCGUUAGCUUCAUUUGACGUGAGGGCAGAUUUUGUUCUGGAACUGCUCGCGCUAGCUGACCAAUACCUGGUUAUAAGUCUUCGUCGUGCAUGUGAGAACACUCUGCUGCAAAUUUUAUCAAUCGAAAACGUCAUCAUCAUUUUGGAGUCUGCUCAUCUUCGAAACGCAUACACGCUCAAGAAACGCUGUCUUGAUUUCAUCAUGAACCACUUCGCCCGCGUUAUUGCGACUCAGGCGUUCGUCGAGCUCCCACAAGAGCUGCUUCAAGAAAUUUUGCUUUUAGCUUCCUAUCGAGGAGUGCAUACUGCUAAUCAGGGAGAUGCCUGCAAUUUUGAGCAUUUAUCCGAUCGUUGA